GCACGCGCUUUAAUGACGUCAAAAAUCGUCUGAACAAAAUGGAGAAAUACUAAGAGAAUUGCAAAAAUCUAGAAGUGCUCGGUCAAUCAUGGCACAUGUUCCUAUUAUUCAGGUCUCUAGAAUACAGGAAGAUGGCGAUGAGAUCUCCAAUUUGAAAAAGAUGAAGCCCCAUGUUCCAGGCAUCGUCAUUUUUGCUGACCACAAUAGGCAAAUGCCGUGGUCAGUGACAUACCAUGCAGUGGUUAUGUUUGCGGACAUUUCAGGGUUUACUGCUCUAUGUGAAAAAUACAGUCAUAUGGGGCAGUCUGGUGUUGAUCAACUGACCCGGACCCUUAAUGAAUAUCUCAGCGCUCUUGUAGAGGGAAUUCUUAGAUCAGAUGGAGAUAUCCUUAAAUUUGCUGGUGAUGCCAUAUUAGCUAUAUGGCGGGUCGGAAGAAAGGAAGAACUCCAAAGUGAAUUUGUAAAAGUCGCAAAAUGUUGCCUUGACAUACAGGAGAAGUGUGGGGAGUGGGAUACAGACAUUGGUGUUAAACUCACUGUUAAAAUAGGCCUAGCUGCAGGUGAGAUGUCAGUAACGUUCCUGGGUAACAAGGAGUUCCGUCACUAUGUGGAGCUGGGCCCUGCAGUCACGGCUGUCAAUGCCGCCGAGCAUUUCUGCCAGUCAGGGAUGGUUGUGAUCUCCCCUGACACCUGGGAGUAUUGUGAACAGGGCCUGUUUGAGUUGGAACCGAUGGAGGAUGAAAAACAUAUGAGGCUGAUGUCCCUUAUACCAACCAAAAGGACCAGAAGUCAAAGUCUUCCAACAACUGUGCUGGUUUCAAGAAGAAGUUUUGAAAGAAGAAUGUCCGAUGAAAAGCCACCAGAGUUCCCAGCCAAAGGAAGUCUAGAUUUGGCCAGUCCUUCAAAAACCAAAGACUCAGACUCGUCUGAUUUUGAUAAACCUGUAUCUGGGCUCAAGACUGCAGUUGAAAAUAAAUUCAAGAUUGGAUCAAGAUUUGGAAAGCUCAGAAAAAUUGUAACAGCAGUGACUGAAAUGAAACUAGAUGUUGCCCUGCGACUCUACAUUUUGUCACCAGUGUUGAAAAAGCUAGAUGACAAUCAGCCCCUGGAAUAUCUCUCUGAAAUGAGGCAGGUGUCCAUCGUGUUCAUGAAUCUGGUGCUGUCGGAGGGUAUAGACACUGCCAGCACUCUUCAGACCAUCUUUGAAUUGGUGUACUCCAGAACCAAGGCAAUGAAUGGUUCAUUAAAUAAAUUAUUCCUUUUUGAUAAGGGCUGCACAUUUCUGUUGAUCUUUGGGCUGCCUGGCUUCAAGAGUGAGAAUGACUGCGCCCAUGCCCUGAUGAGCUCUGGGAGAAUGAAGAGCCAACUGCACAAGGUGCAAGGUGUCAGGAAUGUAUCAAUUGGUGUCACCACUGGUACAACCUUCUGUGGUGUAGUAGGGCAUCCAAAGAGACAUGAAUAUUCAGUUAUUGGUAGGAAGGUGAACAUGGCUGCUCGGUUGAUGAUGAAUUACCCCGACAAAGUCACCUGCGAUACGGACACAUUCCAAACCUGCCGACUACCUGCCUCGUACUUUGUGGAAAUGGCUACAAAGCAAUUGAAAGGCUUGAAAAAUGUGGGUGUAAUUCGGGAGUUUGCAGGAUUUUCUGGAGAACAGAAAACUGUUGCUAAACAGAUCACCCACUCAAUGUAUCCUAUACUUGGUCGUCAGAUGGAGGAGUUCAUGUUUGGAGACCAGGUGGCAGCCAUGAGGAGUGAGGCACCGGCACACCACAGGCACCUCGUGUUCAGCGGACCUGCAGGCAUUGGCAAGACCAGGCUCCUGGACCAGAUACUCAGCAUGUCUCAGCAGGCUGGAUUCAGAGUGAUAUCAUGUCAAUGUGAUUUGGAGGACAGCAGCUAUCCAUAUUUCAUAACCAGCCACAUACUACAAAGUCUCAUGCGUUACACUGGCUUCUCUGAAAAGCUCUCAAAAGAUGCGUACCUAACGGAUGCCGUAGGAGUGAACAAUGCCCAGUACUUGUUUCUUCUUAAUGGCAUCCUAGAUUGCCAGCUCGAGACUCCAGACUCCUUGAUUGGUGCCAAGUUUAAUGAACAGAGUAAGCGGCAACAGUUGCUGAGAGCAAUAGCGGCAAAGUGUCUGCACUCAGAAGCCAUACGUGAAUGUGUGAUAGUGAUAGAUGAUGCCCACAACGUGGACACCUCUUCAUGGCAGUUCCUGUGCGAGAUGGUCAACCUGAGCCACUGCCUCAUCAUUCUGUCCAUCCGACCCACCCUGCUGGAUGUGCCAACGUGUCGAGCAGCUAAGGACUUCAUGGAGGACCCUCAGGUCAAGGUGGUUGACCUUGGGAGUCUUGAGCCCAAGUACAUGGCACCCCUGGCAUGCCAGAUGCUGGACGUGAUCAGUAUACCGAGAGAUCUUGACAAGUUGCUGCGCGAGCGUGUACAUGGUGUGCCACUGUGGUGCAUGGAGUUUCUGAGAGAUUUGGUUAAGAACGAACAACUUUUGGUUGUCAAUGAUGAUGGACAAUCGGACCUAGUUUCCCAGUCAACUGUGGCUCCCAAUCAAGAUCUGAUCAAACCCUUGACCCCGGCAAGAGAGUUGGAACUUCCCUCCACUCAAAAGUUACUACAUGUAGCUGCUGUGAAGGUGCAACCUUCAAAUUACAUGAUGGACACUGAAAAGGAUUUUCUGUCCGCGACUGGUUACUUAUACGCCUCCCCGAGCCGCAAUGAAAACCAUCUAACGGUGUCUGACCUGGCACAGAUAAGUGCAGGAGGGGCCAUGACAAGUAUGUCACGGCCUAACAGCAGUAUCAAGCCAAAGAAACUGCCUGCUGUUACCGCCAAGCACAGGCUGGCUGUAUUUGAAAAGGAUGUAAAACCAGAGGACAUACCCAUACCAAGUGCCAUGAAAGAGCUGGUGAUUGCCAGGAUAGAUUCCAUGCGAGCCUCUGAGCAGCUGUUGAUAAAGUGUGCUGCAGUGCUAGGGCAGAGAGUGCGGAAGGACAUCUUGGAAACCCUCAUGCCAAAGGCACAUCGCUCAAAACUGUCGAAGGGCAUACGAAAACUGAUGGAGAAUGGUAUAUUUGAAUGUUCCAAUGCACCAAAGCAUAUUGACAGAAGGUUGAGCCUUGGAGAAAGAUCAAACGUGAAGUCCAAGUGUUACUGCAAUGCUGAGGAGGUGGCAGCCUCUGAACCGAACAGCGUUCCAUCUUGCAAUGAACCCAUGUUCACAAAUAAACUUCUGCAAGAGACUGCGUAUGAAAUACUCAUGGAGUCACAGCGGAUCGAGUUGCAUACAAAAGCUGCCACAUUUCUGGAGCUGUCUGCAGAUGUUUUACGUCAACAAAUUCCAUAUCACAUUUUAGGACGACCCCCACCGAGGGAGGAUUUGGAGAAUCAGUUAAAGCGCAUCGACCUCAAAAUGCAAGAUCUCGAUACUAUGAUAAAUAUGCGAUCACUGAGACCAGACAACAGGAUUGCAGACCUUACUUUUGCAAGAACAGCAGCAGAAAUGAAAACUAAACGUGGACGCCGACUAGCUGUGUCUGUCACAUCUGAGAACAACUUUCCCCUAGCACGAAAGAUUGCUGAAGGAGGGACCCCAGUGGAACAGAUUGGGCAGUUGAUAGACAGCCUCCUGCCAGUGUAUGAUAGCCUCAUAUAUCACUGGAAAAAUGCAAAAGAACACACCCAUCUUGUCAACACCAUGAUUGAAGCUAUUUCUGCAUCUGUUGAACGCAAGAAAUUAAAAAAGGCAGAAGAAUUGUUGGAAUCAGCAUUUGCAGCACUGCAAGAAGCCUCUGAGGUGCCAGACUCCAACUUGGUAACAGCCAAGCUAUUCAGGAUGAAAGGAAAGUUUCAGUACGAGACUGGGCAGGUUUUAGAGGCCUAUACAUCGUUUUCAAAGGCCGCCAAUGCCCUGGGAAUGAAAGAACCCACAAAACCAUCCAGUUCCUGGUUCAGGAGGCUAGUUCUCCUGCUGAAAUUCCUGUGGUACUGGAAAACACAUUAUUGCACUAACACUGGUGGAGUGUUCACAUUGGAGAAGGGGUACCUGUUGGCUGAACUCUACAAGAUUGACAAGGAGCAAGGAUUUCAUACAUCCAAACUUGCACAUGCCAUGAAGUACUUCACAAAACUGGCUGGAACAGACUUUGAAGUUCAUCAGUUGGUGAUGGCAUAUGCAGCCAUGAUUGAGUGUUGCAUGGAGAAAACCUGGAAUGACAUCUUUGAAGCACUAAUUACAGAACUGUUACAAAUCUGUGCUGAGCGGAGAGAGGAGCUGUCAUCCGAUGAUCGGCAUAUUCUGUGUGAAACCUAUGCCAGCAGCUGCAUCUAUUACAUGAACUCGGGAGAACUGCGCAAGGCUAGUGCUGUCGGAGGAGCAGCUAAUGAAAUAUGCUGUUCAAUUCAAGAUCAGAAGACAAUGAAGUUCUUUGCACCUCAGUACUUCUAUGUUAUGCUGUUUCGUAAGACCCACUUCAACAGCAUUGAAUUGCUUCAGCACUUCAAGUAUGGUGCUCAAGUGUCUGAUGAUUUAAUUGCAUCAACGGUAUUCCGCUCAAUUUGCCUGGAAAUUGCUUUGCUUGGAGCCUGCCCCCCAGAGACUGUUGUUAGCUGCUUGGCCGAUAUUAAAGAUACCAUCACCAGCAGCAAUCAUACAAGAACUGAUGGCAUACCACUGCAGUAUGCUGUUAGCUGUGCCUUACUAUGGCUAACCAGAAUGGAAGAAUGGGCCGAUGUCAGACAGUGGGACGUGGAGAUGAUGUCAAAUAAACAGGAGCACUCAUUUUAUCAAUCAGUGGCUUCCAUUCACAGAUUAGAGCAAAGCUUGCUCAUGUUCUGCUAUUGUACGGAAUGUGGAGAAAACACUCAGACCAUCAAAAGACAAGUGCUAAUGCGAUCAAAAGAUGUGAAAUCGAACCUGAAGAGAAGCCCCAUUCUUGCCCCUAGAUACAAACUGUUGAAAGCCUAUUGCGUGUGCAAUGACUGGACAUCAACAAAAAAUGAAAUCUUUUGUGAAGAAGGGCCUUGGCUCUGUGUGCUGCUCAGGGCAAUGUGUAUGACAAACUCUUUUUAGAUCAUCACCUAAUUCAAUGGCAGAAUGGAGGUGCAAGACGGGGGGCAAACUGUGAAUGGAUAAAACAUGCUGCAGGUGGACGCUUGAAAAUGAGUGACAUUUCUGAGGAUGCUGGGGGCAUUCAUGUCUUCACACUGCCGUUACCGUGUAUACCAAGAUGAGGUUGCUUUUCAGCCAAUGAAAACUGAGGGUUAUCUGUGUAGCUCCCAAGUACAGCAAACUGAUGUCCGACAUGAUGAAAUGUGUGGCUAUCAAUAAUGAAUCUGAUUUCCACUGAUGAAAAUUUUUGAAGUUUUUUUUAUCGCCUUGAAGGAAGGCAUGUAUUUUACUCAGUGUAAGUCUGCCGCAACUUUAUGGUUUCCAUUUUCUAACUUAACCAGUUUUUAAACAAUAGAAGUUUAAUAACUAGGCUCUUCUUUGGAGUUAUGGCCCCUGAAUUUCUCAAAAUUUGGCUUUUAAAUGAUUUCCACUCUCUAACACAACCAGUUUCCUUAGGAGUGUCUGGAAAUGCUAAUAAGCAUUAAAUGGGGGCCAAGUCCACCAGCCAAAUCCAACCUGACUUUUGGAGUUUUUGCCAAGUUCGUAGACCUGCCGUAUUGCCUAUAAGUUUAAAUCUGAUAAUUAUGAAACUUUUUUUAAAUGUUACUCUGUGGGCAUUUAAUCUUUUUCCAUGUUCAAUAACCUGAAAUAUCGCCUUUUAAUUAUGGCAUAUCAAAAAUUAAAAUUAGCCAAAUUGUCAGAUUUCUAUCUCUAAUGAUUUCGAUGGCAAGCUAAUAGUGUCUGAGCUGACAUUUUUACUGCUAAAAAAUAUGUCCUUCACAAAUAUAUAUAGCCCAGACCUUUAACAUACAUAAUUUGUGACAUGUUGGUACACUCUUUAUAAUUUAAAUUUAUGUUUUAAGUUUAUUAUGCCCCCCUUUGAUAAAGAGGGGCUAUAUUAUUUUGUGGAUGUAGGUCGGUCUGUCUGUAUGUCGGUAGACCAGUUUAUUUCCAAUCAAAAACUCCUCAACUUAUGGACUGAUCGGCUUGAUACUUCACAUGUGUAUUGGCCUUCGAAAGUAGAUGACCCCUUUUGAAAUUGGGUCCUAGGUCACUGUAUCAAUAACUGUGAAAAUCGUUUUGAAUCAAUAACUCAUCAACUUAUUGACCAAUUGAUUUGAAACUUCAUGUGUGCAUAGACCUUGGACAGUUGAUGACUCAUAUUGAAAUUUGGGUCACAAGGUCAAAGGUCAAGGUCACUGUCAAAAUAAGUGUGAAAAAUCGUUUCAGAUAAAUAAUUUGUCAACGAAUAUACCGAUUAGCUUUAUACUUCCUAGUGGAUUGGACUUGGACAGAAGAUAAUUCCUAUUGAAAGUGGGGUCACUAGGUCAAAGGUCAUACUUAGUUUGACAUGGUUUCUGAUAAAUAACUGGUCAACUGAUUUAUCGAUUGACUUGAUACUUCCCAAGUGCCUUGGCCAAAGACAGUAAAUGACUCCUAUUGAAAUUGGGGUCACUAGGUCAAGGUUACUGUCACAAUAAGUGUGAAAAUUUGUUUCCCAUCAAUAACUCCUCAACGAAUUGACAGAUCGGGUUGAUACUACUCAUGUGCCUUGGCCUUGGACAGAAGAUGACCCCUGAUGAAAUUUGGGUCAAUAGUUCAAAAAACUGUUUUUUGUUUUGUUUUGUUUUGGGGGGGGGGGAUAUGUCUCUGACCGCAGAACCCUUGUUUGAUUUGCAAAAGAACACGACAUGUGGCGUAUGAAACUUGUCCCUCUGUAACAAACUUCUUGCCUAGAUGCAGAUUUAUUAAAAGCGAUUAAUGUAUUUCAGUUUUACCAAUAAUACAUGCUCUGGGACAAAAAUAUUCUUAUACAUUUCAACAUCUGUAUAUAAUGAAUAUGUUAUCAAACAAGUCUAUGAAAAAUUUGAGUAUGCACAUUUGUAGAAACGUUUGCAUGUAAAUGAAAAUACUUGAAAGUAUUAAAUGUCAUUUGUAUAUGUGAACUUUCAAAUUGUGCAAAGAAAAGUUGAAACAACGUAUGUGUCAAAAUUAUUUGCAUGUACAUGUAUGUGCAGGAAUAUUGAUUUGUUAUGUUUGUUAAGUGUUAUUUUUUGUGUGUGUAAAUAUACGCUUUUUGUUUUAUAAUAUCCAAUUAUGGUGUACAUAACAAGAGUUCUGUUAAAACAAACAUUUAUACAUGAAGAUUUAUGUAAGAAACAAAUAAACAUGUUUAAGAAAA